AUGCCGGCGGAUGAGCAGAAGGAACUCAAGGCAGAACGGUCUGGGAAUAACUUGACUGUGGCGCUCAUCAACCCAACGAGUGGAGAACGCACGGCGGCAGAGUUUGUCCGUAGUCAGCUGGUGGCAAACCUUGGCAGGGCAAACGUCUUUGACCUUUUUCCUGUGGGGAGGCCCGCCGUGCCGGAGGCGAAGGAGUUCCUCUCGGGCCUGCACCCCGCAACUGUCAUUCUGGCGGGCGGCGACGGCACCGUCUCCCUGGCGCUGGACAUCCUGGACGAGCUCCGCAGCACCAACAGGAUUCCCGUCGCCUCGGCGUGCGUGGCCGUCGUGCCGAUGGGCACCGGGAACGACCUGAGUCGAACGCUCGGCUUUGGCAGCGGCUACGUGAAGCCGGUGGUGGAGCCCGAGAAGAAGUUUAAGCGCCGCUUGGACCAAAUAGCGCAUGCGAAGCGAAUCAAAAUGGACCGCUGGUCGCUGCUGCUCCGAAAGAAGCCGGCUCUCAGCCCGACCGGCGUGAACGAAGACGGGUACUCGCGCAGGGACAGUAGGGCCGACGCCGACGACAACGAUGGUGCUACUGUGGGGCGGAAAACGAUGAUGAAUUACUUUUCAAUCGGCUUCGACGCGGGCAUUGCCAACGAAUUCAGCGCGUUCCGCAACAAGCACCCAAGGUUGUGCGCGCAGCGUUCCCUCAACAAGCUGUGGUACGGCUGUUUUGCGUGUGGCUCGCUGUGCAGCUCGACCGCAUUGCCGAGGCAGCAGCUACAGUUACACGUCGAUGGCACCUUGGUUUCCCUUCCCUCUGGUGCAAAGGCCCUCGUAGUGACUAAUGUGACAACCUACGCCGGUGGCGCCGUGCUCUGGGAGGAUCACAAGGGACGCUUUCUUGCGCCAGACGUUGGGGAUGGGCUACUGGAGGUCACCGCACUAUACGGUGUGUGGCACGCGGCUGGUGUGAAAAUGGGCAUACGCAAGGCGAGGAAGGUCGCCCAGGGGGCUCGUUUACGCAUUUUGGUUCCCGCACACCUCUCGAUGCAGGUUGAUGGUGAGCCCAUGGAGGGCGUGGCCCCCGCCAAUGAAAUGAUUGAGGUGUCCAUCACCCGCUUGUCCACAACGCUCGUAAUGAAGUGCGAAGGCCACCACCACCACCACCACCACGACGAGAAUGACGCCAGUGAGAAAUAA